AUGGAGGCCCAGCCCACGUUCCUGCAGAACGUGCUGCGCACCAAGCCGCUCGCCGUCAUCCACGCGGAGGAGGCGGCCGAGGAACUUCCGCGCCAACUGGGAUUGUUCGACCUGGUGUGCAUAGGUGUGGGAGGCACGGUCGGCAGCGGCGUGUUCUCCACGACGGGCGAGAUCAUCUCGGGCACCGCGGGGCCCGCCGCCUUCAUCAGCUGGAUCAUCGCCGGCGUCGUGUGCUGCAUCAACGCGCUCGCCUACAUGGAGCUCGUGACCCGCGUGCCGUCCUCGGGUAGUACCUACGCCUACUCGUUCUACGCGCUCGGCGAGCUGCCGGCCGUGAUCGCGGCCUGGCUGCUGACGCUCGAGUACGGUAUCUCCGGAUCCGGUGUGGCUCGCAGCUGGGCCACCAAGGUGCAGGAGUGGCUCGUGGAGGAGCACCCGGAGCACACGUACCAGUGGCUCAACGAGGACUACACGAACCUGCUGGGCGCCGUUCUCAUGGCGCUGUGUGUGGGUGUGCUGCUCGUGGGCGUGCGCUUCGGCAAGUGGUUCGUUAACACCAUCACGACCAUCAAGGUGGUCGUCGUGCUAUUCAUCAUCAUCGCGGGCUUCGCCUUCAUGGACUCGAGCAACUUGUCGCCGUUCGUGCCGCCGCGCCAGGACCUGGACGGCACCAUGGCGUUCGGCACGCAGGGCAUCAUCACGGGCGCGUCGUCGGCCUUCUUCGGAUACAUCGGCUUCGACGAGGUCUGCUGUCUGGCCGCCGAGGCCAAGAACCCCAAGAAGGUCAUGCCGCUCGCCGUCAUCAGCGUGGUGCUCGGCACCAUGUUCCUGUCGUGCUUCGCGUCGCUGGUGCUAUCGGGCAUGAUCCCGUACCUGGAGGCCGACAGCUUCGGCGCCGGCUUCGACUACCAGGGUCAGAACUGGGCGGCCCAAAUCGUGCGAGCCGGUGAGACCUGCACCAUGCCCGUUGUGGUGCUUGUGAGCUUCCUCGCCCAGCCGCGCCUUAACUACGCGCUGUCGUGCGACGGCCUCAUGCCGCGCAUCUUCGCCAAGGUGGACGAUAAGGGCAACCUGUUUGCCAACACGCUCAUCUCGGGCGCGUUCUUCACGGCUGUGGCCUUCGUCGUGCCGUUCGACACGCUCUGGGACAUCGUGAGCUUCGGCAUCCUGCUGUCCUUCAACAUGUCCAUGACGUCGCUGCUCAUGGUGCGCAUGCGCAAGGAGUCGCCGUCGCUGGCCCCGAAGCUCAUCGGCCUGCUCGUGGCCUGCGCCUGGCUCGCCGCCUUCUUCUACCAGAUCGGCUACUCGAACGAGGGCCACAGGUGGUGCCUCGUGCUCGGCAUCGUCUUCCUCGUGCUCGCGGUCAUCGUGUGCUUCGUCAUGUUCUUCAAGUGCCCGCAGGAGGCCCAGAGCGGCGAGAACUUCACGGCCCCGCUCGUGCCCUUCCUCCCCACCAUCGCCAUCCUGGCCAACUUCUACCUGGCCGCGCAGAUCAGCUACACCGGCAUCUACACGAGCUGCGCGUGGCUCGGCGCUAGUGUCAUCUUCUACUUCUGCUACGGCUACAAGCACUCGGCCGGCCGCACGGGCUGGAGCGCGCUGCUCAGUCUGCCGCGCGACUCCACCAUGCGUUCGCCCAUGAUCUCGGACAAGAAGCAGCUCCAGGAGUAGAGCGCUACCCUCCCCUUAAUCGUACUCAUAAACUGUUGUUAACCAUUUAUCAUGAAGAGAUGAGAUGUUG